AUGACGCCGCCAUCCACCUUCGUCUUUCCGAUUCACGGCAUUUCCAACGACCGCGUCAAACUCGCCCCACUCGACCUUGAUCGACACCUGGAAACAUUCUUCCGCCUCUCUGUCCCGCACCCAGAUCUAUACGCACACAUGCCCAUGGGGCCCUUCGAAACACUCGCAGAAUUCAAGUCCGAGUUCCUGGACCGGCCAUCCAACCAUAUUCUAUCCUUCUCCAACCCAGAGUCCUUUGCAUUUGCAAUCAUAGACAAGACCCGACCGGCAUCGCUGGAAGAUCCAGAAGGCGAGCUCGCUGGCACCAUUUCCUUCAUUCGCACAUCGGCUACUCACCUUUGCACCGAGAUUGGCUUCAUUGUCAUUUUACCCCCGUACCAGCGCAGCCAUGUGGCGGCAAAUACCGUUGGCCUUGCCCUGCAGUAUGCAUUUCAGAGCUCGGAGAGUGGUGGCCUCGGUUUUCGUCGCGUGCAUUGGCAGGCUAGUACGACUAAUCCUGCCAGCGCAAAGUUAGCGGAGAAGAUGGGAUUCGAGAAGAUCGGCUUGACCCCGUGGCAUAUGCGUUUUGUGAAUGGCAAAGCGAAAGGGAAGGUUGGCAAUGGAAAAGUACCUCCGCCUGAAACUGAUCCGCAAGAUCUGUGGAGAGAUACGUUUUCGUUUACUUUGGCUUGGGACCAGUGGGAGAAAGGUGUCAAGGAAAGGGUGGAGCGGGUCAUGGAGCGAUGA